CUUUUUUUUUUUUUCUCCACUCUGAGAAAAGAGAAACUCGGAGAAAGGGAGGGGGAGAGGGAGGUAGUUGGCCUGGAGGGCCCAGAGUGGGGGGACGCGGUCCCCGCGGUCGGUCAGUCUGUCUGCGGGGUGCAGGAACGCUUGGAGGACCGCUGCGAGCUCCCAGGCGCCGCCUCCGCCGCCCGCCCGCCCGAAGUCUGUCCCGCGCAGCUGCCCCGCGAGCGCCUGUCGCCGCCGCCGCCCGCCCGCCCGCCCCUGGGCUCCAAACCCGGAGCCGGGCUGCCGCGUCGGAGCCCAGCCACCGCCUCCGAGCCCCGAGAGCCUGCGGUCCGCCCCGGCCCGGGUGCGCCCGCGCAAGGCGGGUAAAGAGAAGGGGAUCAACCCGACGAGACAAACAAGGGGUUCGGGAGACGCGAUCCAGUGUCUCCCCCCUCCACUGAGCAGCCUUGCCCGCAGCCCCGCGAUCCCUCUUGCGCGACAGAACGUGCGCAGAGGACCCGAUCCCUUUCACCUCUCCCCCUACCCUAAUUUCUGCCCAAACCCUAAAAUGAAAGGACAAAUGUUGGCGCUGACUCGGGCAGCUCGGACGGUGACCAGUGCGUUCCCAGCGGCGUCUCCCGGAGGAAGAGCCCCGCGCGCCUGAUCGUGUGGCGGCACCGGAGCUGCAACGGGUGUGUAUGUGCCCGGCGGGGGCCUGCGCGCGUCCAGGGGCUGCUACACACCCACAGGCGGCGGCCGCGGGAGCCGCGCUGGGAUCCAGACGCGGAGAGGAGGAGCCGGUGCUCAGGAGGCGUGAGCCGCCUGGAGCCUGCAGAACCCGCCGUGUGAAUGAACUGGGGGGCACCUGGGCACAGGGAGAGCCCCUCCCCACCCCUAUCCACCCCCGGGCCAGAGUUGAGCUGUGCCCCCCCCUUCACUCUCGUAAGGAAUUUUUUUUCUUUUAUUAUUUGUUGUAAAGUCUUUUGCACAAUCACGCCCACAUUUGGGGUUGGAAAGCCCUAAUUAUCGCCGUCGCUGAUGGACGUUGGAGAGGGAGCGCCUCGCCGCCUUAUAGUCGCCUGCGCGCCCUCGCUGGACCCGCGGCUCCUAGCUCGCGCCCGGCCCAGGCCCCGCCGCCACCGCCGGCCCGCGGGCCCCCGAGCCCCCUCGGCCCCCAGAGCAUCCCGGCGACGCUGCGCCGGCCCCAGAGCCCAGAGCCCGCUGCCAGUACCCGCCUCGCCCUGGGCUCCCCGCGCCCGACCCGCGCGCCCCGGAGGAGCUCACAGCGUUGCGCCAGAGAGCUUCCCCAGGCGUAGCCCCGCUACUCCGCUCGGAUUCCGCGGCGGCCCUCUCUCGCUCGCUGGCUCGCUGGGGAGGCGACUUCCUCCCCGCACCCCCUCCCCCUCGCCAUGAAGAAGUUCAUUGGAAUAUUAAGCCCAGGAGUCGCUUUGGGGACAGCUGGAGGUGCCAUGUCUUCCAAGUUCUUCCUAAUGGCUUUGGCCAUAUUUUUCUCCUUCGCCCAUGUUUUAAUAGAAGCCAACUCUUGGUGGUCCCUAGGUAUGAAUAACCCUGUUCAGAUGUCAGAAGUAUAUAUCAUAGGAGCACAGCCUCUCUGCAGCCAGCUGGCAGGACUUUCUCAAGGACAGAAGAAGCUGUGCCACUUGUAUCAGGACCACAUGCAGUACAUCGGGGAAGGUGCGAAGACGGGUAUCAAGGAGUGUCAGUAUCAAUUCCGGCAUCGGAGAUGGAACUGCAGCACAGUGGACAACACCUCCGUUUUUGGCAGGGUUAUGCAAAUAGGUAGCCGUGAGACGGCCUUCACCUACGCGGUGAGUGCGGCUGGGGUGGUGAACGCCAUGAGCAGAGCAUGCCGCGAGGGCGAGCUGUCCACCUGCGGUUGCAGCCGCGCUGCGCGCCCCAAGGACCUGCCGCGGGACUGGCUGUGGGGCGGCUGUGGCGACAACAUCGACUACGGCUACCGCUUUGCCAAGGAGUUCGUGGACGCGCGCGAGCGGGAGCGCAUCCACGCCAAGGGCUCCUACGAGAGCGCGCGCAUCCUCAUGAACCUGCACAACAAUGAGGCGGGCCGCAGGACGGUGUACAACCUGGCAGAUGUGGCUUGUAAGUGCCACGGGGUAUCCGGUUCGUGCAGCCUCAAGACAUGCUGGCUGCAGCUGGCAGACUUCCGGAAGGUGGGUGAUGCCCUGAAGGAGAAGUAUGACAGUGCAGCUGCCAUGCGACUCAACAGCCGGGGCAAGCUGGUGCAGGUCAACAGCCGCUUCAACUCGCCCACCACACAGGACCUGGUCUACAUCGACCCAAGCCCAGACUACUGUGUGCGCAACGAGAGCACCGGCUCACUGGGCACACAGGGCCGCCUGUGCAACAAGACAUCAGAGGGCAUGGAUGGCUGUGAGCUCAUGUGCUGUGGGCGUGGCUAUGACCAGUUCAAGACGGUGCAGACAGAGCGCUGCCACUGCAAAUUCCACUGGUGCUGCUACGUCAAAUGCAAGAAAUGUACCGAGAUCGUGGAUCAGUUUGUGUGCAAGUAGGGGCUGCCGAGCCUCCUGCCUGCCACCCAGCCCCGCUCCCAGGACCCACUUAUUUAUAGAAAGUACAGUGAUAUUUUUUUGUUAAUAUUUUUUCCUCCCCAAGAAUUGCAACCAGAACCAUUUCCCCCCUAUUCUCAUCUAAGAACUCUGUGGUUUAUUAUUAAUAUUAUAAUUAUUGUUUGGCACUAGCAGGGGGCGGGGACCAAGACAAAUAUUUAUUGUGUGCAUCUUUGGAAAGGUAAGAUGAGGCAUAUUUUGAUGGGAAGGGAAGAAGGGACCUGAUACAUAACCUAACUUAAUUUGUGUGCACAUUUGGGAGAGAUGUUUGCUUUUUCUCAACUGUGGAGUCAUGGGACUGGUAGCAUGCAGCUAGUAGAGGAUGGAACAAAUCUAUGCACAGUUCAGCUUCUGUAACCUAUGUUAACUGUAACUGCUCUGGUGGGAGUUGAAACAUCUUGAGUUGAGAAAAAAAUUGAGAAAGAGACAGACAGACAGACACACACACACACACACACACACACACACACACACACAUAUACAUACACACACUCCCUGGCACAGGGACUGCCAACCCCUAAGCAUGAAUGGUAACUUAAAAUCUUAGCAUGGGAAUCUCAUACCCAGCAGAAGUGACGUAUCACCCAUGUCUCCUACUUCUCACAAAUUUCCAUCUGCAGAUAGUUCUAUUCCAAUUGCUGCUGAAACUUGGGGAACAGAGAAGUGCCCAGGAAUGAAAAAGAAACAUUCAACUCUUCUUCUAUUAGGACAGUGCGUAGAAAGCUGUUGUUAGACUUUGAUUUUCAGAUAUUAGAAAAGGACACCAGAAUACAUCUAGAUGAUUAGAGUUUAUGUUAGUAGGGGAGCUGGGGAGGUUGGCUUCAUAUAUAUAUAUGCAAUGAAAAUAGGCUGUAUUUUUUCUUGGUGACCCUUGGAGAAUAAAUGCUAACACUGAAUAGAGUACUGAAUCCCAUGCACAGCUCCUCAGUCAAAACAGCAAGGCAAGUGCAUUCUAGUCAGCACCGCAUCAGAGCAGCAAACUAAUUUCAAGGAUAAAAAUGAAAUCUGCCUUCCCUCCCACUUGACCCCAGGCCCUCUCUGCUUCCUUCACACAGUGCUGCUGGCCCCAGAUUCCAAACAGCAGCUCCAGUAGUCCUUUGACUGCAAGACAGGAAAUGAAAUGUUAGGAGCUCCACUUGGAAAAUGGUUCAUUCCUUAGGGACUUCUCUCCCCCCCGCCCCCGCCUUUUUAUUUUGAGGCACAAUAGUAUGAUGUUCCAAUGACACGACUUGGCCAGUGGAGUUAACACAGAGGUGUUGCAGCAUUCCACUGUUAUGAUCCUGUGUUCUGACUAUCUGCUUUUCCCUAGUAUACUGCAGGUAUACCCUCAAACUGUUCCCAGUGUACUUGAACAGUUGCAUUUAUAAGGGGGGAAAUGUGGUUUAAUGGUGCCUGAUAUCUCAGUCUCUUGUAUAUAACAUAUAUGUAUACAUAUAUAUAUAAUAUAAAUAUAAAUGUAACUAUAUCUCAGUGCAGCCAGUGAUUUAGAUUUACAGUUUACUGGGGGGGGGUAGUUCUUGGUCUAGAGCAUCUUUGGUCAUUAUUGCAAUCCAACUGGAAAAAUUUUUCCAGAAAACUUCUGGGUUGAGCUUGGGCUGUGGCCCCAGGGCUGUCAUAUCUUGAAGCACCUUGUUUCUGAUUAUCUAGAAGGUCUUACUCAAUGAUAAGCAUUUUGGUUUGACGAUUUCCUUACCUUGUUGUCCCCCCUGCCCCCCACCCAGCCUCUGUCCUAUACACUUUCUGGAGGGGGCAUUAUUGAUUCCAUGAGACGUGAGAAGGAAGAGAAUUCAGAACUCAGGAGCAUCAUUCAAAUGCCCCAUAAUCCAUCUAACAGGCUAGAAAUCCAGAUGAAGACAUAAUAUAGCUAAUUUAAAAUUUUUUCUAAACAAGGACACCUCUUUCUAGAAAGCACCAUCCAAAUGUGUUCCUAUCUCAGACUUGUGUUGUUUUUAGAGGUUUGAAAAGGUACAUAUCUCUUGUAACCCUCCUAGACUUGGUGGCCUCCUCUCACCUUAGCCACUGCUGGCUCUUUAACUUAUUGCACAAGGAUAUUCAUCCCCCAUCGGUUGCAGUAAAUUGCAGGCAAGCGAGGAUCUUGAACUUAAAAAGCACUAAUUAGUUUAAAAUGUCACUUUUUUGGUUUUUAUUAUACAAAAACCAUGAAGUAUUUUUUUCUUUAUUUUACUAGACUAGAUUUCAUUUCUUUCUUAGUGAUCCAUGUUUAUGAAGAGAGUUGAGUUUAACAAUCCUAGUUUUUAAAAGAAAACUAUUUAAUGUAAAAUAUUCUACUUGUCAUUCAGAUAUUAUGUAUAUCUCCUAUGGUUUUUAUCCUGUACUUUUAAUGUACAUAUUUCUGUCUUGCGUGAUUUGUAUAUUUCACUGGUUAAGAAAACAAACAUUGAAAGGCAUAUGCCAAAUGGAAGAUAGAAUAUAAAAUAAAACAUUACUUGUAUGUUGGUAAGUGGUUUCAGUUGUCCUUCAGAAACUUCAUGUGGAGAUUUCUUUAGAAGCCAUGAGGGGUAGUGUAGGGUGACUACAUGUCAGAGUAAUAGAAGGAAGGAGAACUUUACCAAAACCAAACCAUUUGAAAGCUUCAAAAUUUUUCUAAAUGUAACAAUAAGAAAAGAAUUCUCUUUUCCUAUAUAUGUCCUAUGAAGAAAGAGAGAGAGAAAGAAAAAAAGAAAGGAAGAAAGAAAAUCAAACAGAUGGCUUAAAGCUGGUUAGUGGAUUGCUCACAUUCUUUUAGCAUUAUGCAUGUAACUUAAUUGUGUUUAGAAUGUGUUGCUGUUGUAACAGCUCAGAGAAGAACCGAAAAGCCCUGUGCUUUUUUCUUUGACCUGAAUUUUAGCCCCCCCCAAAAAAUUCUAUUUGCAUUUACCAUUGUGAUGCUUCUUCAGUUAAAGUUACUGUGGAUGAAGAGUUUCUAUAUCCUUUGAAAGCAGUUUUUAUGGAAAGUGAGCCUCACUAUGCAGAGACUGAAAACUCAUCAGAAACCCAAAGUUCACUGUGUUAAGUGCAAUUAAUAUGAGUUCUGUGCUCUCCUAAAGCAUAUACCCAAAUCUGGUCUGUGUAGAUGGAUAUUAGCUUUCUGCUUUUUUUUUUUUCCUGGAUAACCUUGUAACAUAUUGAAACCCUUUAAGGAUACCAAAAAUGCAUUAUUACACACACACACACACACACACACACACACACACACACACAAAGACCAACAUAUAGAGUGUUUAAAAUAGCAAUUUUGGGCAAAUUCAAACAUUUGUGGUUCUAGGCCUCACAUCUGUUUCAGUUUUUCCUUAGUUGUAUAUUGACCAGUGUUCUUUAUUGCAAAAACAUAUACUCAAUUUAGGAACAUCAGCAUUUUUUUGUCCUUUUCAUCCUGGAGUGCCUUCAAGAUCUUCCCAAUACAGGAAAAUCAGCAGCAACAACAACACAUCCAUAUCUCUGUACAUAGAGCCACACUCAAAAUUGUAAUUAUGGGCGCAAGUGAAAGGAAGACUUUUACAUUUUGGUCCAGUUUAUCUUUUUAGUUCUCUGACCUCCUGGGCCUGGCAGUGUAUAUGUUUUUGUUGUCUGCUGAAAACCUUUUCUCAUAAGAUUUUGCCAAUACCGUUUUUGUUUGUUUUUGCAAAAUACCAGUCAAGCCGUUUGCUUAUCAAUUAGGACACUAGCAGGACAAGUAUUCCAAAUAGCUGAGUGGUACUGACUAGCUCCAAGAAAUCACUAGUGGAUAAAAGGCUCUAAAGACUGAGUAGUCUACAAUAUAAAUAUAUAGAGAGAUAGGAAGGGUACUUAGAACUUGAAAUAUAUAUAUGUGUGUAUAUAUACAUAUAAUACAAUUUAUGCAUCAAAGCAUAGAUCUAACAUACUGCAUUAUCAUUGUAAAGUAUACUUUUAAAAUAUUUAUUUUUCUAUAAAAAGUAUUUCUUAGCUUCUUCUGUAUGUAAUGGUGAAUACCAAAUGCCGUAUUUUGAAAGCAAGGUGAUAAAAUGAUGUUUUUAUAGAGAAAAAACUCAAUAGUGUAAAAAUUAAAACCUAGUAAAGGGAUUCUAAUUUAUCCAAUUAUACAAAUUUUACACUUAAAUAUAAUAGUUGGGUAAUAUUUUAUUUUGGCUAAACAUCUUACUAGUGAAAUUUAAGACAUGAGUGUAAAUUUAUUACAGUUUUAUGUGAUUCUUUAAAACAAAAACAUCAGUUUGGAUCUAGAAGAUUAAAAAGCUGUCUGGUAUUUUAAAGGUCAAAAAGGAACAAGGAAAAGUGCAUCUUGGACCAGUUUUAUAUGUAGUAGAAAAUUUGCUGGGCUAGAAAUGAGAUAAAGAGUAUUUAUUUUUUGUUCAUACCUUGUACUUUUCUAUUAAAGUUGUUUUUUGAAAUUGA